AUGUUUGAAUUCAUUAAGAAUCGUUGGCAGGACCUCCGUGAGGAGCAUCCGCGCCUUGAUGCGGUAGCUACAAAGGUUUGGAUGGUAGUUCCGCCCAUCAACUUCAUCACCAUUCACUACGCCUAUUUUAUUUUCGGCUCACUCAUAUUCUCUGUCAUUUUCUGGGGAUCGAGUCAUCCAAGUCAAAGUAUUCCCUAUAUCGAUUGUCUGUUCCUCGUCGUGUCCUCCUUUUGUGACACAGGCCUAAACACAGUCAAUCUUUCCGAACUCACAACAUGGCAGCAGGUUCUGCUAUAUAUUCUGUUUAUUCUCGGAAGUGCACUUUGGGUCUCGUUUUGGACUGUUAUGGCACGAAAACAUGCUUUUGAGAAACGUUUUGAGGAUAUUGUCAGGAUAGAACGAGAGGCGAGGAAGCGACGCGCUGCAUUGAGGCGCUCCAAACCACUUGGGAAAUUUCUCUCAUUCGACAAGUACAAAACAUCACCUGCAUCUACAGGAACCUCUAGUAUUCUACCAGGCCUGGGCACCAAACAGAAAAGCGUGACCGAGAAAACCGACACAAACACAAACGAUCUGUUUACCACGACUAAGCCUAUACGCCGAGCAGUGACAGCUCCCGAGGACUCUAUAUCCUCCGACUCCGAUGACAAUGAUAGCAACAGAACACACGUGGCAGCAUCAUCGCGCAUACCUCCUCCAACUUCUAGUUCCGGUGAUCAUAUACAGUUUGCUGAUAACUUAUCACCUCGAAGUGGCGGUAGAGACAGUAUCUCUAUUUACCGACGGAAUGACGAUAAUGAACUCGGCCGACAUCCUUCAGCAGCAUCUGUAGCCGAUAGCGACGAAUCAGAAGACUUUCUCUUACACUGGAAGAAGAUUCUUGGCAGCCACAACACAAGCAAGAGAGGUCAGUUCUACGACCUUUCGUCCGAUGAGCGUGAAGCCUUGGGUGGCUGUGAGUACCGUGCGCUCAAGGUUAUGUCCGUCACUGUCCCUCUUUACGGCUUUGCAUGGCAGGCCAUAUGCGGCAUUGCCUUGGGUGCUUGGAUAAACAACAACCGGCCGUCCGCGGCGACGGUGAAUGGCCAGAAUCCUUGGUGGAGCGGUAUCUUCCUUUCUGCUUCGGCGUUUAACAAUGCAGGCAUGUCACUCAAUGACGCAGGCAUGUCUGCUUUCCAAGAUGGCUAUUUCGUCUUGAUUGUUGUGGGUAUCCUGAUCUUGGCUGGUAAUACAGCCUAUCCUCUACUUCUGAGAUUUUCCCUCUGGUGCAGUCUCCGAGUGCUACAAUUGACGACUCAGCCCAAGACACUUGGGCCAUGGAAGGAAACCAUCGAAUUCAUUCUUAAGUACCCCCGUCGAGUUUACACGACCCUUUUCCCAUCGGGUGCAACCUGGUGGCUGUUCCUUGUUAUUUUUGUCAUCAACACAAUUGACUGGGUGGCUUUCGAAGUUUUGAACAUUGGCAAUAAGGUCGUGGAGAGCAUGCCUGUAUCUGACCGCAUCAUUGCUGGAUGGUUCCAAGCAAUCGCUGUUCGCGCUGCUGGCUUCGCUGUUGUCUCCAUUGGAAGUCUUUACCCUGCUGUCCAACUGUUGUACAUGAUCAUGAUGUACGUCUCCGUGUAUCCCGUUUCGAUCACGAUGCGUCACUCCAAUGUUUAUGAAGAGCGAUCCCUCGGCAUCUACGAGGAUGACCCGCAAGUCUUGGAAGCAGAGAACGGAACUGGCCAUCUUCCCCCAAUCUCAGAAGUGCCAGAAAAACCGGCGCUGCGACGAAGAGUCACAGCUGCAGCCCAGAAAACAGUAAAGAAAUCCAUGACCUUCCAUGGUGUUGGUGUGCGGCCUCCGCCUAAAGGACCGGACGACAAUUCUCGUAUUUCAUUCAUUGCUCAGCAGAUGCGUGGACAGCUUGCGCACGAUCUGUGGUGGCUUAUUCUCCCUGUCCUUAUCAUUAUGAUUAUCGAAACCGACAACUUUAUCGAACAGCCUCUUGCUUACAGUAUCUUCAACGUGCUGUUUGAGGUUAUUUCUGCUUAUGGAUGUGUUGGAUUGUCUGUUGGAGCCCCAGGUCAAAGCUACAGCCUGGCAGGAGGCAUGCACACGGGCAGUAAAUUCGUACUUUGUUUAGUCAUUCUUCGAGGUCGGCACCGCGGUCUACCUGUUGCGUUGGACAAGGCUGUCCGGCUACCAGGAGAGAAGCUGGCUCGUGAAGAGGAAGAAGACUCGAAAAUUAGAAGAACAAACACAAUGUUCAGGAUGGCCAGUCGAGAAAACAGGGCGGUUUAA